GGGGAGGAAGAAGAGAAGAAGAAUAAAGAAAGAAAUGUGCCCCCUAAGGAUCAUCUUCUUGUUCCUCUCGGCGACGUUGGCCGGUUACUUUGCAUGGAAGACGGUCCGUUCUGCUUCCUCCUCCACCAACGCCGACAAAGAAGAUGUGUCUGCAACGGCAGAGUCGUCUUCCUCGUCCUCCAAACCAAACCCUGAAUGCAAUUUGAAAAUGACAAUUCGAAAUGGAUUCUGGGUUUUCAUGGACAUGGCUAGCGGCAGGUUCUUGUGUAGGAAUUUGAGGGUCAUGAACGAAGGUGAGAAAGGGAAGGUCUGUUAGAGCCUCCCUCAAGACUAGCGACAAGGGUAGAGGGAUGCUCUCU